GCUCACCUCGUGCUGGGUCCGAUUCGUCUCGGAGCAUGCUGAUUAGAACAUCUUCGACACUUCUCGUAUAAACACGUAGUGCGUCAUCACGCUGCAAACGCUUAUCCCCGUUGGUGAUUCCCCUGUUUGUGUGAAAAAUUCGUUCAGUGUGGCACACAGUGUCGCUGUGCAGUGAAAAUACGUGCAAAUAAAGUUGAGCUAGCGAGCUUGCGAGUUUGGUAAUCGAUUUAACUCGAUUCCAGCAUCAGGAAAAAAGCGACGAUAAGCGACUGGUUCUUCAUCCACCGAGUCGACUUGACGAGAAGCGGGUGAAACGUGAGGAAAGCCCAAGCAAACCCCCCAUUCUAUUCCAACCACAAACGCAGAUUUCCCCAAGAUCGAGUAUCUUCGCCACCGUCAUCUUUUCCAGAAAGAGCGAAUAACUUGCACUACACUAAAGGUAGCUAAUAUACAGCAAGCUACCCAUCAUCAAACCUCCGCCCCAGCCUUUAUAACUGCAUCUCAGUAGAGACUCCAUUGCCAUCGUUAUCACCAUCAUCAUCAGCCGUAGCCGUCAGAGUACUACUCGGUGCUUAGAAAACUAUCCAACCACCAACGACAAAGCGACCAACCACAACAUUCUUCAUCCGCCAUCUUCAGCAGCUAGUCGGGCAGCGCCCAAGUAACAGCCCGUGCGUUACUAGCAACAUACAAGCGGUCGUUCUCUCGUUGCCACUCUACACCAACACCAAACGAAAACCAAACAAACAACCCACGCCGGAAGUCUCGACUAAGCCGCCACUCGGGUGCGUAGCGUAGUUGUCUUCACUUUCGUUCCGUUCCGUUCAAUAUUAGCGCCAUAUCUGACGCUGGGUGCGGGCGAAUCUGCGCCCCGCCAAAGGAUCCACAAGCCGGCACACUGUCUUUCGCAAGUUUCAAGAGUAGCUUCACCAGCAAUGUUAAUUUCCUGAAGCGCCGUGAUUUCAUUGGCAGAUUCAGCUCGGGAGACCUGUCUUCCGAGUGCGAGGAUGUCGAUCCGAAAGACCUGCCGCCCGCAGCUCGCCCACAGCCCCCGCUUCAGCAGCAACCGAUGCCGGGCGGUCCGCCCAACAUUCCGCCCCCGCCGGCCCCCGGUACGGCCGGGUCCGUGUCGCCGGGCGGGCCGGUACCGCCCGGUUCCGCACCGCCCACCGGUGGCCCGGAGCUGUCGCUAAGCUUUGGCAAGGGGCCGGCCCAGCGCGGUACCAGCGCACCCUCCAGCCCGGCCAAGUCGCGCGAAAGCUUGCUGCAGCGCGUGCAAAGCUUGACCGGAGCGGCCCGGGACCAGGGUGCCUCCAUCAUUGGUGCGGCCGUAUCCACUGCCAGCCGGGUGCAGCCGUUCAAUCGGGACAAGUGCUUCACGCUGCUGGUCGUGGACGAUCAGAACACGGACUGGUCGAAGUACUUCCGCGGCAAGCGGCUGCACAGCGACUACGACAUUCGCGUCGAGCAGGCCGAGUUCCGCGAGAUCAUGCUGACGGCCAGUGCCGACUCGGGACCGAUGGUGGGCUGCAACCGGGCCGGUUCGAAGCAGGUGAAGCCGUUCCGCCCGGACUUUAUUCUGGUGCGCCAGCCACCGCGCGACGGCUCGAAGGACUAUCGUUCGACGCUGCUCGGGCUGAAGUAUGGCGGUGUGCCGAGCAUUAACUCGCUGCACUCACUGUACCAGUUCCAGGACAAACCGUGGGUGUUUGCUCAUCUGCUGCAGCUGCAGCGUCGUCUCGGUCGCGAUGCAUUCCCGCUGGUUGAGCAGACGUUCUUCCCGAACCCGAAGGACAUGUUCACCUGGACCCGGUUCCCGUGCGUACUGAAGGCGGGCCACUGUCACGGUGGCAAAGCAACCGCCAAGCUAGACAACCCCGGGGCGCUCCAGGAUGCGGCGGGCCUGCUGUGCGGCACCGGACUCUCCGACAACGGCUCCUACUGCAGCCUCGAGCCGUACAUCGACGCUAAGUUUGACGUGCACAUCCAGAAGAUCGGCACCAGCUACAAGGCGUUCAUGAGAAAAUCCAUUUCCGGCAAUUGGAAAACGAACCAGGGCUCGGCCAUGCUCGAGCAGAUCCCGAUGACGGAGAAGUACAAAACCUGGGUCGACGAGGUGUCCGAGCUGUUCGGUGGCAUGGAGGUGUGCGGUGUUGCCGUCAUCGUCUCCAAGGAGGGCAAAGAGUUUAUCAUCAGCGCGGCCGACUCGACGUUCCCGCUCAUGGGCGACACCCAGGAAGAGGAUCGUCGCCAGAUUGCGGAUCUGGUCGUCGGACGCAUGCAGAACGUCUGCCGUCCUUCGAUGAUGACCAAGGCCGUCUCGCGCAGUUCGAUCUCGUCGCGCGGCACUAGCCCGACGGAAGAUGCGCCGCCGGUACCGAUCGGUACGCGCCCGGUCCCGGUUGGUGGCGGACCGCCACCGAUCCCGGAGCGUACUACGCCGGGCGUUGGCUCGAUCGGACGCCACGGUAGCUUCAGCAGCCAGUCCGGCGAACCACCGGAGCAACCGUCCGAGCGGGCACCAACCCUGAACUCGGUGGGACGGCGCGACUCGCAAGCCUCCCAGUCGAGCAGCGUGUCGGGCGUAUCGUCCGCGUCGGCCGCCCGUUCCGGUGUCGGCAAGGUGCCAGCCGCCGGUGCCGGCCCUGGCGGUCCCUCGGUCGUGGAGGACGCGGAGGACACGAUGAAAAACCUGCGCAAAACGUUCGCCGGCAUAUUUGGCGACAUGUAGGAUUUGGCUAAGAAGAAGAAACAGACCCGCGGAGGCAACGACAUCAGCAGCAGCAGCACGGCCGGCAGCGCCACCGGCAGCGUGCUGAGCACGCGCGAAAGCUCGAUCGACAGCGUGCUGGUGCGACCGGUCGCCGAGCCGACCGAGAAGCCGCCCGGCGACCGGCCGCCACCGGUCCACCAGCAGUGCAACGGUGCGCCCGGCCAGCCGUACAUCGGUGCGGCUGGCAGUGGUGGCAGUGCUAUCGCCGCCAGUGCGCCGUCAGUCACCAGCACCACCGCCGGCAGCAUCAGCACCAGUGUACAUAAAGUCAAUGUUUCUUCUUUGGAUGGUACCAGCGCAUCCACCAGCAUCAGCAGCGGCAGCAGCAACAGCAGCAGCCACAGCACCUCCGCGGAACCGAAGCGCCCGGCGUACGAUCCGGCGCUCAGCGAGCGCAUCAACCCCUUCGACAAGGAGGCCCGGAUCGCUGGGACGCCCGGGCGCAGCGCCAGUGUGAGCGGCGCGACCGGCCACCCCACUAGCAGUAAGAUCACAACCAACGACGACACCGCUCGUUACACUAUACAGCAAGGUAUCAGGGAACAACCAUCGCUAACCGGGCGCUUCCAGGCACCCGCCGCCACCGCCGGGCUCGGUGCAGCCGUCGUCCCACCGCCGGUCACCCUGCCCGCCACUGGCGCUACAGGCGCAACGACCGCUUCCUCAGCCACCUCCUUCUCCGCCACCUCCUCCUCCUCUGCCUUCUCAUCCUCCACCGUUUCGUCCUUCUCCGCGUCGGGCUCGUCCGGCUACUCGAGCGUCACCAGCGGCGGCCUGCCGACGGCCUCGGCCCCGGUUUCGGCCGCUGCCGGCGCCUCCGCCACCGUACCGACCAGCGAACAGCGGAAGCAAGAGUUUGGCCGCACCAAGCGUGCGUCGUCCGACGCGGAAAUCAUCUUCGGCGACCGUGGGCCCGACUUUUUCGCCAAGCGCUACGAGCGAGCCGGCGGAGAGUUCCGCCAGCGCACCGAGUCGCUCACGGAUGCGGAGCUCAUCUUCGGCACGAGCGCGGUGACGGGGCCGGCGGCCCCCACCCCACCCAACAGUGCGGCUCCGUUUUCGCCCGCCGCAAGCAGCACCGGAUCGGCGGCGGGACGGUACGGCACGUACGGCAGCCGGGACAGUGCCAGCUUCAGCAGCACCACCACCUCCGACACGGAGUUUGCGUACGGCCGGAAGGACCCGAGCAUGCUGACCAAGAGCAUGUCCGUCGCGUCCGAUCGUUCGACAAGUGCGGGCCGGCCCUGGGCCCGCCCCGCAGUGCACGAGGACGAGGAAGAGCUGGAUUUAAAGUAAAUGCGCGGGACGUUUGUCCCGUGGCGGCCCGUUCCUGUUUCUGUUUCGCCUCCCCUUUGAUGUUCUUGUUCCGCGCGGCGGCUUUCCCCUUCCUGUUGUGUGCCGGGGUACCCACAUAACCCGUUCGCCCGUUCGCUGUCUCGCGGGGGGGAAUGGCAAUGUUAUCUGAUAAGCUUUUAAAUGUAAUACCGAUAACCAGACACACAGUCACACACAGGACACAUACCCGAGUACACAAACACACACACACACUCACACAGCGACACGACACAUGCAGAUGGGGGUCUCUUCCGGGCACUGCGCCGGGCGCGAGAGAUCUGCCAAAUUUGCCUCUGACGUUUCCUGGUUUCAAACAGGCCGAACGAAGAAUUGCGAACGGACAAACCGACAGGGGACCGUCGAUGGGAAUGCCAACGUGAAGGGUAUUUCGGUACCAUCGGUUGGAAAGCAUUGGACAGUACAGCACAGGACCGAAAGAAAGGGGUAAAACAACUGUAAAUUAUAAGCGAUAUUCACAUAACUUCUAAAAAAAAUUCUGGCUCAGCCACGGAAUGCCGAAUGCCCUUACGGUGGCCACUUAUCGAGCAGCUUGUUGCAAACCGAGGUGAAUCAGUUUUGCGCACAAACAAAUCCGAAAGAGGUAUUCCGAAGGCAAAACAAAGUAAGCAUUGAGCGAGCCACAGGACGAGGAGGCAGUUUUCGUUUGUCCUUUUUCCUCGCCUACUAGUGGGUACCAUUAUAUUCUCCUAAAAAACAAAUAAUGUUCCAUUGAAAGAUUCACAAUGAGAAUGAUCAAAAUGAUCGAUCAACAUUACCGACACAAGUACGAGUGCUCCGUGGUGGAGUGUUAAGCUAAGUGCUGCAAGCAAUCGAUGUACGAUCGGUGAAGACAAGCCACUGUGUUUGCUAUACCUAAAUGUCCUAUGCAUAUCAUUGUGUCACCCCCUUUUGCUUGGUAAUCCAUUCAAACGCUAUCUGUGCUUGUUUGUGGCGCGUUGAUUUGCCGCACUUCCGAAAUUACCUUACUACGACUGAUUAGACGUACUGGUUUUUUUUUGUUUUUGUUUGCCAGCCGGAAGGAGCACCCUCUAGAGCACGACACGAGCGAUCCGGCACAGUUGCCGUCUCCGUUGCACCACUAUCAAAACAGUUACAUUUAGACGUUCGAAUUGGUCGUUAGCUGGCACCAUUGCGCGCACACGGUAGAAAUGCUCCCUUCCGGCUCGCCUAGCUAGUUCUACACCGAUGCGCAAGCACAGUUGCGUUGCGUUUCUCUAAAAAACAUUAAAAAAACAAACAAACAAACAUGUCAGUAUUGAUUUUAAUUCGUAAGACCUUAACUACUCAACUAACGCUAAUCGUUUACUAUGCUCUUGGCUAAAAAGUACUUGCGUGUAAGGGAAGCAAAAACACACGCAAAUUAUACACAAACACUGUCCCUAUCUUUCUCUCUCUCUCUCUUCCUCACCCGUAUACACGUAAAGCAUGAAUACAGCAUGAAAGGCUAGCGAAGGGAAAGGCGCCACCUGUGGAGAAAUGCACAGCGGCUAAGCUGGGCAAGCGUAGCCACUUUCCUUCGAAUCCACUUUUCUCCCAGCGUGCGGCAUGAAUGAAUGUUGUUAGAUUAAUAAUAAUUACAAUUUAAAAUGCUGCUCUCCACCAUUCCAUCCCGCCCGCCCGCCCGUGCGGACGCACCGUUUUGACGAGCGGGCCAAGAUCGAUGUCGCUACGAUCACGUGUACCGAUUCGCACAGGUGUGUACGGGCAGGCGGGUACUGGGUCAGAGUGGUCAGAUCGCCAGUACAUUACAUAUAUCAUAUGAGGACAAUAUAUUAUUAAGAUAUGACUAGUUGAUAUUUACACAAAUUCUACACUACAACAGACAGCCUGGACGGGGAGAGGCAAGGUAGAGAAGAGAAAAAAAAAACCCACUGAAAGGAAGGUGUGCAGAAAGGCGCGAACUGAAUUGCGAGUGACAAAAUGGAAACUGAAGAAUGGAAGAGGCUAUGAGAGUAGGAAAAGUGCUAUUUACUCAUCUCAUGCAUAAUCCCCAAGCUGUAAUUGGAAAUGGUUAACUAUAAUUGCUGCCAUCAAUUGAUAAUCCUGCGUAAGAAGAGAACAAGAGAGUAUCUAUCAACUUAAAUAUCCCCGUUUGAGCAUGUUUGCCACUGUUUAUUGCAAUCGUUCCCAAAAUCCUCCCAAAAAAACAAAGAAACAAAUACACAAAUAACCUUUUUUUUUUUUUUUUGUUGUCUUAUUGUUAAUGCUAUGAAUGGGCGGGAAUUUUGAAAGGAAACAUAGUCUACUACUACCCGUACACUCUUCUCUCCCUGUGGAAGUGCGUUAUUGUUGUGUUGUGUUUGCAAUAAAACCUACGCUUCGUGCACUGGCCAUCAAAUACAACACCCUUACUACCCUUUGUUUAUUUAAAGAAAUGUUUUUUUUUUAAAUUGUUUCUCCGUGCAAUCGUUACCGUCACCACCAAACAACUACAAUAGCACCAAAGAAUGCAAUCAGUGUGUUCAUGUUUUUGCAGUUACGAAACCGAACCGAAUAAUGCAUUUAUUAUGUAGGAGCAGAGCGCGCAGGAGGAGGGCAGGGUUGAUGAUAUUAUCGUAUAUAUAUAGGCAAAACUAGCACUGUAAGCGAAGCAUGUCAAAGAAUAUCAAUGUAAUAGUGUUGUUGUUUCAAUCGUUAAACAAAUAAUCUUUCUCCCUUUUUGCUGCUGGCGCUAUGCAAUUCCUCGCCCCAAACCCAACAAAAACCCCAAAAACCACCAUUCCUCUCCGAUCGCAUUACGCGGCGCGACCGAUCAUCAGUGACGAUCCGUGCCGCGAUUGCGCGUACGUAUGUGUUUGCGUGUUGCGUCUGUGUUAGAAUUAUGCAAAUAGAGACAACGAAAUUAAAAGCAAAUAUGAUGUGUUACAGUUUGUUAAUCAACAGGACGGUGCGUUUUCGUGUGUAAUGUGUCUGUCGGUAUGUGUUUGUUUGCUUGUGUGUGAGCAACACCCCGAAGUUAAAAAUGAUCACUAACACCUAAAUGUCACGGCGAGUGAUGUUGUAUUCCAAAAAAAAAACCAUUCCACUCUUCGCUUCACAGCGAUUGUAUCAUCAACUUUCAAACAACGCCAUCGACUCUCGUUUUGCUUGCACUGCAGUUGUGUGUGUGUCGCUAUGUUACGACAAACAAACGCUACAUGCAGCAGACAAACACAUACAAACAGAACGCUACAUUCAUUGAUGUACUAUGAGGAUGUAAUUUAAAAUGUUACUGUUAAAUCACAAUUCAACCAUACUCAUAUGCAACCCCCUAACAACCCCGAGCAAAUCCUUCCCAACAGCCAACCAUUUAAUGUGCGUGUGUUAAGGAACAUUUUCGUUUGCCGAUGGCUCGAUGCGAUACAGACAGGAAAGAUAAUAUUAUUAUUACUGGAUAUAUACUAUACAAACUGAGUGGUGAAACAGCAUACAACCAAAACGUAAUCAAUUACAAUUGCAGCAAAGCAAAACCAACACAAUGGAAUACGAGACUUACAGUAGAUGCGACAAUGUUUCUAGAAGUAUAAACUUACACUAGCUACAGAAUCAAUGUUGAACAUAAGAUAUUAGAGUAACCGGUACCACUCAAACCCUUGCGAAAGCUACCACAAUAACAACGGAGUAAAAUUUACCCAAAACCAAUACCAUAUUAGCAGCAGCAUCAGCAGCAGCAGCAGCAUAAUGCAUAAUUUAACUGAUCAUCUGGCACAAACACAUAGACACACAGCCAUAGACCAUGACUCCGUUUGGGAAAAGGGAUACGUUAGUGUCGUUAGGCAACCGAUAACCGUAAAAUACAAUGGAAGUAAUAUUAAUUAUCCUAGCUAAAACCAAACCAAGCAAAUACUGAAAUGGAAGUUACGAAAAUAAAGUAAACAAAACGUGCAA